AUGUAUGAUUUGAGUUUCGAUGAAUACUGGGGAGUAAAGGCUGGUGGUUGCAGGCGGUGGUUGCAGGAGAUGAUGAGUGGUGGUUCAGUGCCGCUCGGUGGUAGUUAUCAGUGUGGAGAUCUCGGGCAUAUCUUAAGGAUUAAAGAAGGAAGGAAAUCGGCUUCAAAACGCGAGGAUGUUUUGAAGACUAUUUAUCUUGAGGAGGUUGCAGAACUACAUCUUAAGCAGCCACAUGACAGGGAAAAAGAUGAAGAGUCCAAAAUCAAUAGAGAACCAAACAAGGAGAUGCACAUAAUCUCCCCUUGCAAUUUAGCUGCAUGGUGGCUGCUGAACUGUAUUUCUUCCUCUUCAACCCCUUCUUUCAAAGCCAUCUUUUAUGAUUUCGUCCUGCAAAUCUCUUACUUCGCUUUUAAACUUCUGCACUUGGUGGAAAGCUGUGCUGAACCUCAGCCAGAAGUCAAGGUUUUCGUCGAGAAUAGCGUCGAUUUCCGAGCGAAGCUUUUCUUCGACGGGCGAGAUUGUUCGUUCUCGCUGCUCUAUGAAGUCGAUCUUGAUCUCGUCCCUGUCCUUGAGGGGCGAUUCGGUAAUUUCGACAUCAACGUCGUUAUUGUUCGCCUGCAUGAGGCGGGUUAUUUUGUCGCGGAGGUGUUGGAUUUCUUGGUCCCGUUUGAGGAUCGCUUGUUUGAAGUCGCGCAUUUGGAGAGUCACGUCGAACUGAAUUUUCUUAGGAUAGCGGUGUAUUCUUUGAGGAGGAUCGUUUCUCGAUCUUCGGUCCCGCUUAGGAGUAUUUGUUGCCAGUUGAGCUCGUCUUCUUUUACUGUCCCAGUUUUGGCUGGUUCGUCUUCCUUUUGCUUCUCGUCCAAGAAUGUGACCAUUUUCUUGGCGGGUUUUUUGAUUUGUUCUUGUUCGACUUCUUUCACAUCUAUCAUUGUCUCCUCGAUUAUUGGAUUUGCCGGGCUCAUCUUCCUCUUCCGGCUUCACCGUGCUCAACUUCUCAGACAAGUGCUCGAGGCUCGAGCGUGCAGCAGCGAAAUUCGACUGCAAGCUCGUGUUCUGAUUCUCGACAUUCCUAUUCAGAUUCUCGAUCCUCUUCAACUUCUCCUCCAUUUCCUUCACCCUCGUGUUCAAAUUAUUCGUGUCUCCUAUCAAACUCUCCCUUUCAUCCUCCAAGCUCUUAAUCUGCACGUGAAGCUCGUCCGCUUCAUUCCUCAACGUGUUAAUCAUGACCGUUUGAGACGAGACUGCGGUUUCGAGACUAAUCACUUUAUUAACCAGCUCGUCUAUCUUCUCCGCCAGCUCAGUCACCGUAAGUGUCGAUCCAAAAUCGAGGCUCUUGUUGUUUUUUUUCGAGAAAAUCUCGUUUUUGCCCUCGUCUCCCUUAUCAUCAUCGACAACACUACUCGAUUUCUUCUGCUCCUCGUCUUCGGCCGACUCUUUCAUGAACUCGUGCUUAAUCGACUUCAAGAGCUCACGAGCAGACUCGAUUUUCUUGAACUCCUCUUUGGCCUCGCGGGUCGACUUUUCCUGCUUUUCCUCCAAAACUGCGAGUGUCUCUUGACAAGACUUAAGAGCUGCCUCGGCCAUCAAUGUUCGGGCCUCGUUAUCUUCGAUAACAGUCUCGACGUCAAAUUCGUCCUGCAAUAG